CCCACUUCAAUGUACCCGUCCAAAGAUGCGCCCCCAAGCCCUCGAUAUACGCUUCAGCGACGCUCUUAUAUGACGACCGUGCCAAUUGUCCUUUUCGCAUGUAUGCUAUGGUACUCAUUAGGAUCCUUCCGCCACUCCUUCUCGGCCCCCAAGGCUAUCAUUUCUCACUGUGGGCAUCUCUCCUCGAUAUCUCUUGAAGAAUUCCAAGCGCGCCAAACGACACUUGCCCGAACCCUGGUCGAUUUGAAGGCCGCAGCAUACAUAACUGAACCUGGUGCAAGUGCUGAAUAUUACGCCAACAUCUCAAACGCCAACUGGUAUCUCAGCGAGCGUCCCUUGCUCCUCAUUAUCACCCCCGAACAAUCUGGAGACGAUAUUCAAGCCAAAAUAUCGAUUCUGACUCCUGCCUUCGAGAUUGAUCGCGCAAAGCUAUUGCCCAUUGCGUCAAAUGCUGUCAAUUUUUAUGAGUGGGCUGAAGAUGCCAAUCCAUAUGACCAUGCUCUCUCGGCUCUACCAAACUCUGUUGGAGCCGUGUUUGUCGACGGCCAUAUGAGGACAUUCAUCGUUGACGGCCUCAGAAAAGCUCAUCCGGAUCCUGUUGCCUCUGCACCAUACGAGAUCCAACGCAUUCGGGAGCGCAAAUCUCCCUCCGAGAUUGAACUUCUCAAAUGUGCCAACGAGGCUACGGUGCUCUCUAUCCGAGCUGUUCGAGAGAAACUAUAUUUUGGAAUUCGUGAAUCUGCAGCCAGCGCAAUGAUGCGGGAGGCAUUAGCAGCCGCUGGACUGAGGAGUGGAGGAUGUUUAACGCUAUUUGGAGAGAAUGCCGCUCUUCCCCAUGGCGCAGGCACAGACAAGACACUAGGGAGGAAUGAUUUCGCGCUCUUUGAUUGCACGGCAAACCUGCAUGGCUACUCCAGCGACGUUACGCGGACGGUCGCGAUUUCAGGAUCCGAAAUUCCGGCGGAUCAUUUAGCUAUAUGGUACAGUGUGAGGGACGCACAAACAUCAGCAAUCCAAACUGCGCGCGCAGGGGUCGUCGCCAAAGAGGUUGAUAGUGCUGCACGGAAGUCGUUGAAUAAUACCAAGUACUUCACACACCGUCUAGGCCAUGGGAUCGGAUUAGAGGUCCAUGAAGACCCAUAUCUUAAUGGAGGUAGUCUCACUGUCCUGGAAACUGGACACUCCUUUAGCGACGAGCCCGGCUACUACGUCGUUGGAAAGGUCGGCGUCAGAUUGGAGGAUUGCUUCUAUAUCCACGAGAACGGGAGUGCCGUAUUUCUUACAGCGGGUGUUGGAGGGCAAGCAGAGUCCCCAUGGAGGCCAUAG